CUUCUACCCUACCUGCAACUACUACUAUUUAGAUUUAGAAGUAGCCUUUUACUUUUUAUAGUGUUCGACCAUUAUGGGCUUUCUCGGUUUCAAAGCGACAGACGCAGCGGCCGAGGCCGUUGCUAGCGGGACACCAGCCCGUGACGACCUAACCACAGUCAGGAAGAGCGACAAGAAAGAAAAAAAGAAGAAGGAGAGGAAAGAGAAAAGUACUAUUGCUGAAGAUCAUGCCGCUGCCGGAGCAGGAGAAGAGCCUCUUCUACUGAAGACGGACGACGGCAGCGUCUCUGGUGUAGCUGACAAAAAGCAAAAGAAGAAAGACAAAAAGGCCAAGGCGUCAAAAGGACGAAAAAAGGAUACUCGCGAACCCUCUGGACAGGCAGCUGCAGAAAGCGAAGCAGAGGAAGUUGAAGGAGAUGAGACCACUCCUCCAACAAGGCCGACUUUCAGUUUCACAGUUACGAAGACGACCCAGAAAGUUGUAUCUCUCAUUCGAGAAGAUGACAUGAAGGAUGUGGAUCAUUCAUCAGACGCUGCAGCAAAACCUGCUGAGACGGAAGUCGUCAAAUACAAUUAUGUUCCGUCGGCGAAGACAGGAGCAGAAGGCCCAUCUGAGU